GUGUAGUUUGCUGUGUGAUGUAAUACUAAGUGGGCUUCAUAACUGAAAAGCCCAAGCCCAAACUCUAAACUAAUGAUAACAAUACAACAACGCGAAGCGACUCAUCAAAGAAGAUCAUGUGAGUGAGAGAGAUCGAGAGGACUGUGAAUAAGCCAAGGAAUGUCACUUAUAAAGGUCUCACUGACUUGGUAACUGAUACUGAUAAAGCAAGCGAGGCUGCUAUUUUGGAAGUAGUGAAAAAGAGUUUUAGUGAUCAUCUUAUUCUUGGUGAAGAAGGAGGUAUUAUCGGCGAUUCGUCCUCUGAUUACCUGAUGAUGCAUGGAGUACUAACAUGGAAUUGUUCAAAGAGUUCACUGGUGUGAGUCGGGGAGUGCGGAGACUCGGUGCUGCAGCAGUUGACAUGUGUCACGUGGCACUUGGGAUUGCAGAUUCAUACUGGGAGUACCGUUUAAAGCCAUGGGAUAUGGCAGCUGGUGUUCUUAUAGUUGAGGAAGCUGGAGGAGCUGUGACUCGAAUGGACGGAGGGAAGUUUUCUGUGUUUGAUAGAUCUGUUUUGGUGUCCAAUGGCAUUCUUCACUCUAAGCUUCUGGAGAGAAUCGCACCCGCAACUGAGAGUUUGAAGUCGAAAGGAAUCGAUUUCUCGCUGUGGUUUAAGCCAGAAGAUUAUCACACGGAACAUUAAGACUUGUUCAAGAAAGUGUAUCUUUUUGCUACAAGGCUUUUCUUCAUUUAUUACAUAAUUAUGAUCUAAGGUGUAAAGCUCGUUUAUUAGAACUAAAUCUUCGAAAUUUGAGGUAUAACAUUCGUGUUCAGACUAUACAGUCAACAA